GCGCAUGGCAGGCAGCCUGUUGCCCAUAUCGUCCCUUGACUUCAGUCUCUUCUCCCUUGACUGAAACACCAGCUCCCCUUUCCUUCCCUUUCCAAGUUUCUCACUAUCUCUAUUUUCUUUAAGGCUGCACCCACCCUACUCCAUUAAUCUCUGUAAUACAGUACUCUCAACUAGUCAAGCUCCACCUUUUUCAGGCUCACAAAUCACAGGGUAAUGGCGUCCAGCUCUCUCACUUCCUCGCGCAGCUCUGGUUCAUCUUGGACAGCCAAGCAGAACAAAUCGUUCGAGAAAGCCCUGGCUUUAUACGACAAGGACACCCCAGACCGGUGGCAGAAUGUUGCUGGGCUGGUUGGUGGGAAAUCUCCAGAGGAAGUGAAGAGGCAUUACGAGAUCCUCAUAGAGGAUCUCAAACACAUAGAAUCUGGCCAAGUUCCUUUACCCAAUUACAAGUCUAAUGGAAGCAAUGGCAAAACACUCGGAGAUGAGGAGCAGAGGCUUCUGAGGUAUCUAAAGCUCAAGUGACGUUGAACCAAGUUCAUAAACUAAAAGUAAAUCGCACUCGGAGAUCUGUAAAAUGUAGAUGCAGAGGCGUGACGAGGGAAUCGAUCUGGCUAUGGUUUGGCUUUGUCUCCUUUCUUCCUACUUGUGUAGUUUCUUCUUCAUCUAAUGAAUGUAACAAGGAUCGGUGAACCAAUAAAUUUCGGUUUAUCUUCGUUCCUGUUGUAAUGGAUUCCUCUAAUCAAAAGACGUACUUUGUACUUUUCUAUCA